AUGCGAAUUUUAUUUUUUGCAUCCGUGGUUUUUGCCAACCCAGAAAAUCGAACAAACCAUUUGGAUUAUGAAGCUGAAUGGGGAUCUCAAACGAGAGCUAGAGAAAGUCAGAGAACCCGCGACGAGUGCAACUUCGACCAACUCCUAAACGCGCAAAUCAACAAAGAAUUCACCGCCUCCUACUUCUACUACUCUCUCGCUCAAAAAUUCAAGUUCCACACAAAUCGCCGUCCAAAUUUAGCUCACUUCUUUGAAGACAGAGCCACGGAGGAAAGGGGCCACGGAGAAAAACUUGUCAAUUUUCAACUUGAGCGAGGAGUAGUCGCCGAAUUUUAUGACAUAAAAUUCCAAACGGCAAAGAUUCAUGACGAUAUUAGCAUGCUUGAAUCCCUGAAGAUUUCACUGGCGAUGGAGAUAAUUCUAACAGAUGAGCUCAAAACGCUGCUAAAAAUUGCUGAAGACGGCUGCGGAACCUGCAAAAAUACCGACGACGUGCUGAUAAAUUCCCACUGCCAGGCACCCCACAUCGCUGAAAUCAUUUCCUCCGAGUAUCUACCCGACCAGAUGAAGGAUAUCAACCACCUGAAGGGUUUAAUCAAGACGCUAUCGGACAUGGUUGAGGACGCGCCAAGAUACCUGCAGCUGCAACAUGAAAUGUUCUUUGACAAACAUAUUCUCUCUCAAUAA